AUGGGAAACGACUUUGAGGAAGGAGUUGAGGACAUUGUUAGAGAGCUCUUCUUCAUAGAAGAGCGUAUGGAUCCAGAACUCCCACUCAUAUUUCAAGAAAAGACCAAGGAGCUGGAAGAAGAACCGGAAGAAAUAUGCUGCAUAUGUCUCGAGUACAUUAAAGGGUCGCAAGCAUUGCUUGUAUGUAGACAUUCCUUUCACCUGACGUGCAUUUAUUCAUGGUUGGACACAAAGAGAGUAUGUCCAAGCUGUAGAAUGGCAAUAAAAUGGGAAGAGUAA